AUGGCUGUUCUGAAAGUAUUAGGUUCGAGUACUAUAUCUCGUAAGUUAAGAAGACAAAGAUUGAAAAGACAUUUAAUAAUAGUAUUAAUAGUGUUAAUUACACUUGUUACCUGGUACACUCAAAGGUAUUCCCAUAAUGUGAAUUCGAAUCAUUUUGUUCACACAAAUCUAUUAGACGAUUCAUUAUCAUUUGGUUCGGAGAAUAAAAGUGCUACGCAGAAUUAUAGAAAAAGCAAUAAUAAUAUCAUAGAGUCAUUAACAAAUGAACAUCAUUAUGCAUCUGAGGUAUCACCAUUCCGUGUUGCUUUUAAGGAAAUAGAAAAUACAAUUAAGAUGCAAUCUAAAAGGCCAUCUUUCUUUCAAUUAUUUCAUAAAACAGAGACUAAGAAUGUAUUAAAUUACUGGAAUAGAUUAAAUAGCACAGAGCAGUGUAAAUAUUUGAUUAAGGGGUUUUAUAAGAUUCCACAUUGGUCAAAUGAAGAUAUUCUUAAGGAGUAUGAAAAUGAUAGUGUUGGUUCUUUAGUCUUUACAUUAAUGGUAGAAAGAUUGAGGGUUUAUGAUUAUUGUUUUAUACAUGGCAAUGAAAAUUUAAAAGAUCUUAUAAGUAAAGAAGAUUUUGAGGAUAUCACCCCUCAAGACUUUAAUAGAAGAAUGUUUCCAUUUAUGAAUUUUCAAAAUUCUGAGUCUGAAUUAAUAUGGCCUACCGUUUAUGAUCUUUCUAAGGGUGAUAUUAUUACUAAUACACUUGUUCAGCCUCCACAAAUCAAAGAUAUUGAUACCUUUAAUGCAAAUUUUUGGCAAAGCUGGGCCAACUAUUCUAAUGGCAAAGGAAUAGUUGUAACAAUGAAAGAUAGUGACAGAAUAAUGUUUUAUAGACAAUUAAAAGUAUUUAAAGCCCUGGGAAAUUCACUUCCCAUACAAGUCAUUACAACAGGAGGUGAACUCUCUGAACAAUUCAUUAAAGAUCUGUCUCAUUACAGUAAACAGCUAGACCAAAAAAUAUAUUUAGUUGAUGUCUCUAAUAUUUUAGAUAAACAAUUUGUUUCAUCUUACAUCCAUAAUUUUUAUAAUAAAUGGGUGGCUCAACUUUUUAAUACUUUUGAAGAAGCUCUAUUUAUUGAUAUUGAUGCUGUUCCAUAUAUUCCGUCACAGGACUUUUUCAAUAUUGAUUCUUACCAAAAAAGUGGUAUUUUGAUGUAUAGAGAUAGAAGCUUAAUUGAGGAGCAUACUUUCAGAAGAUGUACUGAUCUUAUUCAUAAAGUUGAACCUUCUUUAGAAGAAGUUAUAAUGACUAACAGAAAGUUGAUGUUUGAUAUCAAUUGGAGUAAACGAAAUCAACAUGUAGAAGAUAAUAAGUUACCAUCCGUUGAAGCUCUUAUAUAUCGUAACUUCUUUGAAAAGUUGCAGUUGCAUCAUGUUGAUAGUGGAUUAAUUGUUUUCAAUAAAGCAUUAAAGCUAAAUGGAAUAUUAAUGUCGUUUUUCUCUAAUUUAGAUUUUCGUUUGAGAACAUGUAUCUAUGGAGAUAAAGAAGCAACUUGGUUAGGCGAAUUAAUAGCUGGAGAAACGUAUUCAAUUAAUCCAAUGGAGGGUGGUAUAUUAGGGCCAGUUAGUAAUGAAGAAAAUGAAGAUGUAAAUAAAUAUAGCAUAUGUGGUUCUCAGAUUGGUCAUAUAGAUAAAAACCAAAGAUUAUUGUGGUCCAAUGGUGGCUUGAGGAUGUGUAAAUUCUAUGAUACAGCGGCCAGUGAAUUUAAAGCAGACAAAGAAUAUUUUACAUCAAGAUAUAAGACGCCUGAAACCUUACAAAGAAUAUAUGAUUCACCACUUGUUAUCGAUGGUAUUAUUAUACCAGAUCCAAAGAGCAAUCCUUGGUUACAAAUCAGAGAGUGCGCUAAUUACAUGUACUGUGCUUUUGCUACACGUGGAAAGUUUGAUACUAACAAGAAUUCUGGAAAGUUAAUUGAAUUCGAGAAUGAAAAAAAAUUAAAGUACAAAACUCUAUCUGAAUUAUGGAAUGAUAUUAUAUAG